AUGAAAGAAGCAGCGACAGCCGCAAUAAUUGCCCCAUUGUUCAGGGAAUUUGCUACAGCAGAGCCCGAAGAUGCGGCAUUAACGCUGAGAUACACGAAGAGAAAGGUUGACAAAAACUCCCCGAAGAGGACUCUCCCAUCGAGGUCUGUGGUUUUUUGGAUGAUGCCUGGUGCCGGCUCCUCGGAAUCCGAUGCAUCUUCGUUGGCAUCAGCGAUGGAAACCCCGUCCUCUAUUGCCAGAUCAAGACUUGUCGUUGCCUCAUCACCUGGCUCCUUCCUAGAGGACUCACUCAAAAGAGAAGAGGUCUCGGAUGCGCGAUUCUCCCCCAACUCACAUCUCACCGGUCUAUAUUUUUUCUUCGCAAUAGCAUUGUGGUAUUCCUUUCUCUGCGUAGGGAGCACACUAAAACUACUCGUUCGCAACGCUUUUGACAUGGGCGGCGAGAAAACAAAGGCCAUAGCAAGAUGUGGAACUGUUAACGAAUCUCGCCCUUCACACUCUCUGGUAUGCAAAUUCCGGUGCUGGGAGUGA